UCAUAUUGGUCCAUAAAUAGUUCUUAAAAGUUACCAUUCAUAAUUCUUAUCGGGAGAUAACAGUUACUGUGACCUCUCUGUACUUGUGUGGUGUGGGGACUUGAAAUGAUGCACAUAUGUGCCAAGUUCUAUGUUGCUUACGACCCAGUAAAUGUUGAGUAAACUGAUAACCGUUUAAAAAAAUAUCACAGUAACGAAUGGUUUAAUUUUAAUAAAUUCUAUAUUGCUAACAAAACCACGUACAAAUAUUGGUCUGUUGGUGUAACAAAAUUUACCAGGGAUAAACAUAUUAUUUUGCUUUACUGGAAUAAUCAGAAAAAGUCAGAAAUAUUUGUUAACGAAUAAAUAUCCCACGCAGCCGUCGCAUAUGUUUUCAGAUACAUUCGAAAAAUCGUAUGUUUGUAGAAUGUUUGUAUGAUUUCACCAGCUUAUAAAUAAGAAAACAGGUCUCGUAUAUUGAAGGGUUGUGUAUAUUCUUCAAGAACCACUUGUGAUAUAAGUACGUGUUUAUAGGUAGUUCUGAUCACAGUUUGAUACGAGCUGGAUACCAUCAAAAAUGAGAGGCCAUUAAUGUCACUCAAAUCGGUAAGUAUUGAGCAUUAUUUUAAAUCGACUGUUUGAAAUUUGACCGGUAGAUCCAAAGCUGAUAACUAAACGUUAGUUUACUAGCAAUUGAGUUAAACUUCGUAUCUGCUAGUAAUGGUACAUCAGUGAAUGCUCUUUAACAAAAGGCGAAACAGCUAUUCCGUACUCCCUGAUAUCUGUUGCUUUGCUGACCGGUGUCAGCGACUGUCAUUCAAGGUGUACUAGACAAUUUUUCAGAUGUUGGUUACGUCAGUUAUCUAGUUUAAUGGGUUUAAAUUCCAAGGUGACCUAUCUAGACGUCUGAACCACCUAUUUCCUAACUAUAAAUAUAGUCAUUAGCGUUACUGUUUUCAAUCGGUUUAGGUGAAUAACUAUGAAUACUAGCUUUAUGCACUUAAAUACUGUAAUAGAAUGCUUACAAUUUAUUGGAUUGUUAUGUACCGAAAAUUUUAAAAGGAAAUGUCACAUUUGCUGGUAUAUUUCCUUUUUAUCUGUUCUUUGAUAUAAAUGAGAGAUGGAUAUGUCAUAAUUCAUGCAUCUUAUAUAUGAUAGGGGGGUGUAAAAUAGUUGUAACAGUUGAACUGGUAAAAAAACUUUCGUGUCCGACAAUAAACGGGAACUACUGAUUGCUAAUAGCUUUAUAAAAUAUAUUAUCAAAUAAUUACAGUUUGAAUGCAUGUUAAGUAGAAAUUUGUUGCAGUGUUCCAUACCCAUGUUCUCAGUUCAGUUUCACCUUCCAUUAAAUAUUGAAUCACUUUUUUCUCUUUGAGUAAGGUAUUCUGUCUUAGAAAUCCUUAUUUCAUGGGAGACAUAGGUUUUAUCUUCGAUUUUCGCUUAUUUUAAUGAAUCUUAAAAAUGUUCUAUAAGUGUCUCUAUUGUUUGCUUACAUUAGAACGAAAUUGAAGCUUCAAUGUAAAGACAUUUCAUUUAUUUCUUUGCAUUAUUAAAAUAUCUCUAGUGGAAUUGUUGCUAUUAAUGUCUACCGAUAUCACUUAUGUGCUUUACAAUGUACGUUUCGUUAGGCAUUAGUGCUAAUAGCUUACAGUUAAAAUUUAAAUUGCACUGUAUCAUUCUAUUCAAAAAUCAUUUGCUGAAUUCACUUUCAGUCUAAUAUGUGUAUUAUAUUCCUACUAAAUUUUGAAUAUUCCAUCGUUUUAUGUAAGCUGAAGUGAUGAGAUCUAAAAUUUAUAAUACCUAAAUGUUAUUUAAUUAGUUGCUCACUCAACUUUACUUUUUAUUAUCCUGCUAAUAUGUCUACAUUUUUACGUUAUAAUAACUAAAUCCCCUGUCAUUUUUAAUAAACAUCUCAUAACAACAUACUCAAAAGUUCGUAAUCAUUAUUUAUAUGAAUAAUCUUUUCAUUAGAUACUUGGGUAUGAACCACUUUCAAAGUGUAAAGACUAAUGAUACUAUUCGAUCGCUUAAACUGAAGUAGAUGGAUGGAAGAUCGGACUCACGACACAUUGGCUGUAGGUUGAGCGCCUUAACCCACUAAGCUACCAGUCCACACAUACACAUUAUAUAUAUACAUAUAUAUAUCAAUUCAUUUGUAUAUGUGAGAUGUAAUUUUUAUACUUAUACUAGAAUGUCUCCUGUGAUUUAUAGCGUUGUCUCUCAAACUUCUUUAAUUAUAUAAACUGAUAAAACUCGAUAGAAGAAGAAGAAGAAUCAAUUAGUAUUAGUCGUUAAAUCAUUCUUUCCUCUUGAAUAAUUUCCUUAGCUAUUUAUCAUUGAAAUACAGUUAAUCAGAUAAAAAUGAAAAAUAAAAUUAAUUAUUCCUAUGCGGAUAAUAAUCGUAAUCAUCAUCACCAUCCAUUGUUGUAUUUCAUUGUUUCAGUUGAUUUUCCCCUCAUACACACAUUCACAUCACAUUCUCUUUUUUUAUUUUUCUUGUUUAUCAAAAUGAUUAUAGACUUUUCUUUUAAUUCAUUCAUAUUCACUUUCCUAUUUCUUCACCCUUUUUUUUUCCUUUCGAUACUCUAUAUUUCUAUUGGUUAAUUGUUAAUUAUGACAUCGAGUUAUUCAUAUCUGAUAUUGUCAACUUAUCUCAUUCACUUUAAACCUUUUGUAAUAUUUUUUACUGCUUGUUAUUGGAGAAUGAAAUAUAUAUAUGCCAACAUAUCCAUCUACUCAUUCUUAAAAAGAAAUUACUAAUGGAUUCAUUCUCUGAUAGACAUGAUUUCUUAUUAGUGGAUAGUCGUGAACGUCAACGUCAGCGUAGUGUUAAUCAAGCAUUUGCAGCGCUCAGAUAUAUCUUACCUACACAUCCACCGGAUAAAAAAUUAAGCAAACAUGAAAUUCUACGCCUCAGUAUAAAAUAUAUUCAUAUUUUAGAAACUAUUCUCAAAUAUCAAGAAGAGGUUGAAGGACGUUUACCUAUAUCAAGUAUAUCACAUAUAUGUACAACAACAACAUCAUCAUCGAAAUCGAAAUAAACAAUCAGUUUCGAAAUAUAUACAACUCAUUAAUAUAAGAUUCAUAUGUUCAUGUCGAUUUGUUCCUAUUUCUUUUACUUCAAUUGCUAUCAAUCUUCUACGGGGAAAAGAAAUUAUCCUUUCAUUCAAUAUUGAUUUAUAAAUAUUCACUGAUAAUUGAUAUUGACCUGUACACUCUGAUACAUUUUUACCAUUCAUAUAUAACGUAUUAUAUCCAUUAUUUCUUUUUUACAUGUAGUUUUUUUUUUACAUUUAAAUCAAUUUUAUAUAUUUCAGACUUGUUAUUAUUACUAUUGGAAUGUCCUCUCAGACAGACAAUGUAACUCCUUAUGAUCGCGAUGAAGUUUCUUCUAAUCCAGCUCAAAACAACAAUGAAACACUAACUACUAAUAGUACUAUACGAAAUACAAUAAAACAAAUCAAGUGCAACAUUUCAAAUUAUUUAUUCACUAGCCGAACUGAAUCAAAUCAAAUGAAAUUAAAUUCUAAUAUGCAUAUAAAUGAUACUACUAAUAAAUCAUCUUCUAAAUUAUCUAAUCAAAAUGAUUCUGAAUUUCUCAAUACUGGAUUUACUUUAAUUGGUUAUACAUUUCUACUUCAAAUUAUUUUACAUAUUAUGACAUUCUUAUUGAAUAGUCUGUCUUAUCGUUAUCUGGAUACAGCUAGUUUAGGUUUAGUCAAUGUUCGACUUGGUUUAUUUUAUUCAACGUUGAUAUUUACUUCGAGAGAAGCAUUUCGUCGUGCAUGUCUUAGUCGUGGUGGUCAAGUAGUCAAUUGUAAUAAUAAUAAUAAUAAUAAUAAUAAUAAUAAUAGAAAAUCAACUGAAUCAUUGUCAAAUGCAAAGGUUACUACAAUAGUUGAUUCUAUAAAUGAAGAUUUUGUUGAUGUUUCUCAGCUGAUUAAAAGUUUUCAGUGUAGUUUACAAUAUAAUGAACAAUUGUAUGGAAUUUUAAAUCUUGCUUGGCUAGUACUUCCUAUUGGUUUCAUCAUUGUAAUACUAUUGAGUUUUGUGUGGAUUUUCAUUCUACCAUCUCCAAGUAAUCUAAUUAAUGAAUCAAAUUCUGAAUUAAAUCUUACAUCGUCAAUUAUUGAACAGCGUUACAUCCUCUCUAUCAUGAUAUACGCUUUAUCUGGUCUUUUUGAAUUAGCUACUGAACCAUUAUGGCUUAUUUGUCAAUUAUCUCAUGAAGUUCGUGCAAGAAUCUUUAUUGAAGCUUUUGCUAAUACUGCUCGUUCAAUUGGAAUAUUGUUUGCAAUAUUUACUGUACCAUCCCAGUAUGCCAUUUAUUCACUUAGUAUACCUCAACUUUUUCAUGGUUCAACAUUGUUCAUAAGUUACUUGUUGUAUUUUCAAUAUGGUAUACCACGUUCAACAUUAAAUAAUGGAUUGAAACUUAAAGGAAUCACAGGAAUCGCUUCGUUGAAAGAUAUUUUACCAAGUUAUUUUCGGUAUUCUAUCGAUCGACAAGGCCUACAACUUGUAAAGAACUUUUUUGGUCAGUGUAUACUGAAACAACUUUUAACAGAAGGUGAAAGAUAUCUAAUCAGUGCGUUUCAUUUGAUAAGUUUCACGGAUCAGGGUAUAUAUGAUCUUGUCAAUAAUUUGGGCUCUUUAGCGGCUCGUCUACUUUUCUUACCAUUGGAAGAAAGUUGUCAUUUUAUGUUUAGUCAAUGUAUUCAAAGAGAUAUCUCUCCAAAUAAACAAAAUAAAAAAUUACUUCUAGAUGCAUUUUGUAUGCUUAAAACGGCUUUACGUAUUUCAAGUCUUAUAGCUUGGAUUGGUGUAACUUUUGCUCAAGCUAAUUCUCGUUUAUUAUUAAUGAUUUACGCUGGGCAUAGAUUAGCUGAUAAUGAUGUAGCGGUUAAUUUAUUACAAUUGUAUUCUGCUUAUGUUUUGUUACUUGCAUGGAAUGGUUCAACUGAAGCGCUGUUGAAUUCCGCAAUGUCAACAGAUGACGUUUUACGUCACAAUCAACGUUUAAUAAUAUUUUCUAUAAUAUUUCUUGGCGCAAAUUGGUUUUUUGUUCCAGUAUUUAAUGUAUACGGUUUUGUACUAGCCAAUUGUAUUAAUAUGAUUACUCGUAUUUUAUAUAGUGUUUAUUAUAUUAACAAAUUUUUGGCAAAAAUUGAUGAACCAACAAAUAAUGAAAAACAAAACAAUAUGGAUGAUGAUAAUGAUAGCAGCUGUAGUAGUAUUAGUAGUAAAUCAUCGACUUUCGGAGUGUUAUCAAACUGUGAAAUUGGAAAAUUCUCAAAUAUUUCCUUAUUAUCAUUAAUGUUUCCGUCAUAUAGUGAAUUAUGCAUUCUAUCCAUUUCACUUAUAUGUACUUUAGUUUCACAACACUUUUUCUGUUGUUCUUUUGGCAUUCUAUGGAUGAUAUUACAUGGUACAAUUACAUUCGGAUUUUUAUUCAUCACAUUAACGAUAAUCUAUUAUGAAGAAGGUGAUAUUUUCCAACUUAUUCAAAAUCGUUUACUAUUUUUAUCACAAAACAAAAAAUCACAAUAAAUCCCAGUUACUAAUCAUACUCUUAUUUGUAUGUUACUUAUUUCAAAUAUAAUAAAGUUAAAUACUUCCAUAGUCUUCCAC